CGCGAGGAGAACCACAGACCGACGGGGCGGCGAGCACGCGGCUCGUACUCUGCUCCUAACGCCUCGUCCAGACACCCGUCACCUUCCCGCCACACCCCCCCUCCCCCAGCAGAGAUCCCAACCCCUUCCCCCACAGGGAACCAGGUAGGAGGGCAGGGACAAGGUGGCUCGCCAGCCGCCCCGGGCUGCUUCCACGCCUAUUCCGCUCCGUUCUCGCGGCCGGCCCGGCGGGGGCGCCCUCGGUGGUGCAGCUGCGCCCGGGAGCGAGACGCGGCGCAGCCGGCACGCGGGCAGCGCGCGGGCUGGGAGUGGGGAGGAAGGAGUUAAAGAUCAGGCUUGGCUCUCUGGUCACGGAGCCUGGGAGGGGAAGCGGCGGGAGGGAGGGUUCGCAGCUUGGCUUGGGUCCUCGCCGGUCCCCCCCGGGUGGCCGGAGACGUGGGCCGGCCGGACGCCCCUCUGGCGCACUCCCUCGGGCGGGCGCUCACGCACGCCCACGAGCGCUCCCCUUCCUCCCGCGCACGCCUCUUUCGCUCUCUCGCUCUCUCGCUCUCCCGCUCGCUCUUGGGUCCUGUUGGCCCAGCCGGCUUGCUCCUGGCGCCCACCUGCUCCGCGGCCCCCUCCCUGUUCCCCUCCGCCGCGCGCUCAGUCCCCGGGACAGUUCGGCCGUGACCGUCGCAUCUGCAGGGGGCAGCGUGCCCCAGUCCAGUUCCUUCCCUCACGGGCGCGCCUGAUGCCCGGAACGCGCCGCUGACCCGGAGAGAACCGAAGAGGCCAUGGUGGGAGCGCUCGCCCGCGGCGGUGCCCGCUGAGGCCAUGCCCGGCCCGCAGCACUCCACCGGCGCUCGCCAGUGCCUGCUCCUGUUCCUGCUGCUGCUGCUCCGGGGCAGCCACGCGCGAAACCUGACCGUGGCCGUGGUGCUGCCGCUGGCCAACACCUCGUACCCGUGGUCUUGGGCGCGCGUGGGGCCGGCCGUGGAGCUGGCCCUGGCCCGCGUGCAGGCGCGGCGGGACGCGCUGCCCGGCUGGACGGUGCGCACGGUGUUGGGCAGCAGUGAGAACGCGCUGGGCGCCUGCUCCGACACCGCCGCGCCGCUGGCCGCUGUGGACCUCAAGUGGGAGCACAAGCCCGCCGUGUUCCUCGGCCCGGGCUGCGUGUACGCCGCCGCCCCGGUAGGGCGCUUCACCGCGCACUGGCGGGUGCCGCUGCUGACGGCCGGCGCCCCGGCGCUGGGCUUCGGCUCCAAGGACGAGUACGCGCUGACCACCCGCUCCGGGCCAAGCCACGCCAAACUGGGCGACUUCGUGGCGGCGCUGCACCGACGGCUGGGCUGGGAGAGCCGGGCGCUCGUACUCUACGCCUAUCGCCCGGGCGAUGACCAGCCCUGCUUCUUUGUGGUGGAGGGGCUGUACGUGCGGGUCCGCGACCGCCUCAACAUCACAGUAGACCACAUGGAGUUCGCCGAGGGCGACCGCGACCACUACACGCUGCUGCUGCGGACAGUGCGGAGCAAAGGCCGAGUCAUCUACAUCUGCAGCUCGCCAGACGCCUUCCGAACUCUGAUGCUGCUGGCCCUGGACGCCGGCCUGAGCGGGGAAGACUAUGUUUUCUUCCACCUGGAUAUCUUUGGGCAGAGCCUGCAAGGUGCCGGGGCCCCUGCUGCCCGCAGGCCCUGGGAGAGAGGGGAUGGGCGGGACGUCAGUGCCCAGCAGGCCUUUCAGGCUGCCAAGAUCAUUACGUAUAAAGAGCCAGAUAAUCCUGAGUAUUUGGAAUUCCUGACGCAGCUGAAACACUUGGCCCUGGAGCAGUUCAACUUCACCGUGGAGGAUGGCCUGGUGAACAUCAUUCCAGCGUCCUUCCACGAUGGGCUCCUUCUCUACCUCCAGGCAGUGGCUGAGACUCUGGCACAGGGGGGAACUGUCACCGAUGGGGAGGACAUCACGCAGCGGAUGUGGAACCGAAGCUUCCAAGGUGUGAUGGGAUACCUGAAAAUGGACAGCAAUGGAGAUCGGGACACUGAUUUCUCCCUUUGGGACAUGGACCCUGAGACUGGGGCCUUCCAGGUUGCUCUGAACUACAACGGAACUUCCCAAGAGCUGCUGGCCGUGUCAGGGCGCAAACUGUACUGGCCCCUGGGGUACCCUCCUCCCGACAUCCCCAAAUGCGGCUUUGACAACGAGGACCCAGCCUGCAACCAAGACCACUUUUCCACCCUGGAGGUGCUGGCUGUGGUGGGCAGUAUCUCCCUGCUCAGCAUUCUCAUCGUCUCCUUUUUCAUAUACAGGAAAAUGCAGCUGGAGAAGGAGCUGGCCUCCGAGCUGUGGCGGGUGCGCUGGGAGGACCUGCAGCCGAGCAGCCUGGAGCGGCACCUCCGGAGCACAGGCAGCAGACUGACCCUGAGCGGGAGAGGCUCCAACUACGGAUCCUUGCUAACCACAGAGGGCCAGUUCCAAAUCUUUGCCAAGACAGCCUAUUAUAAGGGCAACCUCGUGGCCGUGAAACGUGUGAACCGGAAACGCAUUGAGCUGACACGCAAAGUCCUGUUUGAACUGAAGCAUAUGCGGGAUGUGCAGAACGAACACCUGACCAGGUUUGUGGGUGCCUGCACCGAUCCCCCCAACAUCUGUAUCCUCACAGAGUACUGUCCUCGUGGGAGCCUGCAGGACAUCCUCGAGAACGAGAGCAUCACCCUGGACUGGAUGUUCCGCUACUCGCUCACCAAUGACAUUGUCAAGGGGAUGCUGUUCCUUCACAACGGGGCCAUCUGCUCCCAUGGGAACCUCAAGUCAUCCAACUGUGUGGUAGACGGGCGCUUUGUGCUCAAGAUCACCGACUACGGGCUGGAGAGCUUCAGGGACCCAGAGCCGGAGCAAGGACACACCAUCUACGCCAAAAAGCUGUGGACAGCGCCCGAGCUGCUGCGAAUGGCGUCACCCCCCGCCCGCGGCUCCCAGGCCGGUGACAUCUACAGCUUCGGGAUCAUCCUUCAAGAGAUUGCCCUGCGGAGUGGGGUCUUCCACGUGGAGGGUCUGGACCUCAGCCCCAAAGAGAUCAUCGAGCGUGUGACCCGGGGUGAGCAGCCCCCAUUCCGGCCCUCCCUGGCCCUGCAGAGCCACAUGGAGGAGCUGGGGCAGCUCAUGCAGCGGUGCUGGGCCGAGGACCCCCAGGAGCGGCCACCCUUCCAGCAGAUCCGCCUGACACUACGCAAGUUUAACAGGGAGAACAGCAGCAACAUCCUGGACAACCUGCUCUCGCGCAUGGAACAGUACGCCAACAACCUGGAGGAGCUGGUGGAGGAGCGCACCCAGGCCUACCUGGAGGAGAAGCGCAAGGCCGAGGCGCUGCUCUACCAGAUUCUGCCGCACUCCGUGGCUGAGCAGUUGAAGCGCGGGGAGACAGUCCAGGCUGAGGCCUUUGACAGCGUCACCAUCUACUUUAGUGACAUUGUGGGGUUCACAGCCCUGUCGGCGGAGAGCACGCCCAUGCAGGUGGUGACCCUGCUCAAUGACCUGUACACUUGCUUUGAUGCUGUCAUUGACAACUUCGAUGUGUACAAGGUGGAGACCAUCGGAGAUGCCUACAUGGUGGUGUCAGGGCUCCCAGUGCGGAAUGGGCGGCUCCACGCCCGCGAGGUGGCCCGCAUGGCGCUGGCGCUGCUGGACGCCGUGCGCUCCUUCCGCAUCCGCCACCGGCCUCAGGAGCAGCUGCGCUUGCGCAUUGGCAUCCACACAGGACCUGUGUGUGCCGGCGUGGUAGGGCUGAAGAUGCCCCGCUACUGUCUCUUUGGGGACACGGUCAACACGGCCUCAAGAAUGGAGUCUAACGGGGAAGCCCUGAAGAUCCACUUGUCUUCCGAGACCAAGGCUGUCCUCGAGGAGUUUGAGGGUUUCGAGCUGGAGCUUCGAGGGGAUGUAGAAAUGAAGGGCAAAGGCAAGGUUCGGACCUACUGGCUCCUAGGGGAGCGGGGGAGCAGCACCCGAGGCUGACCUCCUGCCCUCCUGCCCUCCUGCCCUCCUGUCCUCCACACCUCCCUGCCCCGUGCCGGGGUGACAGAGGCGCCAAGCCUCAGCCUCACCCCCAGCAGCUCCACCAUUGCCCAGGGAUCGGAGAAGUGGUCUGAACAGCUCAGGUGUGCUGACUCCGGCGGACACAUCAGAUACGACCUCAGAGAGGACUCUCAGAGAGGACUGGUGCGGGAGAGCUGGGAGCUCACAGUCGCACUCCUGGCACCCAUGUGGACACAUGCACUUCCUCCUCACCCUCCUCGGCCCAGGCUAGGCUAUGGAUUCCUGGCCCUCCUCCCCUCCCCGUGUCACCUCCCCCAGCCUGGGAGGGGAAAGGACCACCCUGGGGGGAGGAAAUGAAAAGAGACCCUUCUAGGUGAAUCAAGGGGUGGGGAAUCCAUUUCUGAUCUAGCCCACACGAACCCCAAAUACCCACUGCUCCCUUCCCUGUCCCCCGCACCCCACAAUGGACACUGCAGAACGGGAGAAGGGGGCUGUGGGUCUGUGGGCCCUGCUUCUGCUGUGAGCAGAGACCAUGAAGGCCUUGGCUCCCAUGAGAGUGUCUUCUUGGAGAGAAUUACCAGGUCGUCCGCCCUCCACCUCGAGCUGGGAGUGCAGGCUCUGGAGCUUUGAGGAGACCUUGUAACAGCCUAGGAAGUGCCCAGACGGGCUGGACGGUUUCAGCAUAAGGACCCAGUCAUCCAGGGCCUCAAAGAGAGGGUUGUGUAUGUGAGCUCUAGCUACCAACGUUAGCUGUGUUAAAAUUCAAUCCUUAUUAUUUAUUAACUCAUUAAGAUAAUAAUAAACCCAUUACACAGUAAUAA